CUAUCUUUAGACAUUGGUCGGGCUCUUAAAUUCUGUUUGUGUGCCAACCAUUUAAAAUAAUUUGGGGGCUUGAACAAAACCAUAGAUUCAUGGGAAAUGAUGACACCAGCAAUACAACCACCGUUUUGUUGCACAAUAUUUAUAGUUUGCACAACAAGGAGGAACUAGUUUAGGCUUAAACAGAAUAUUUCUUUACAGAUCUUUGUUUUAGUUAAAAAAAAAAAAAAAAAAAAAAAAAAAAAAGUGAACCCAAUUGUCGAUCUCUAACUUAACACCAGAAAGGUUAGAGUUAAAAUUAUGGCGACAAGAGGAGGGUACCCUAUGAAUGCAGGUAGUCCCAUGAAUUUAGGGGUUAACCGUAUGAAUCCUGUUAACCCUAUGAAUUCGGGACAAGGUGGUCUUCAGAUACCUCCUGCGAUGCAACAGAAUCUUGGAUAUCGCCUUAUGGCCAGCGGCGCCUCCCCGUACCACCAGCGGCAGGGAAUGCCCCCAGGUCGAGGUAUGCCAAUGCCAGGGAUGGGGCCUGUUCCUGGCCCUUCGUACGGUUCAGGGAUGCUCAUGAGGCCUGGCAUGCUUCAGCAAGGGAUGGACCCCAUCCGAAAACGACUUCUUCAGCAGCAGCAUCACGGGAUGCAUAACCAGAGACGGGGAGUCAAGCGACGGAAAAUGGCAGACAAGAUACUUCCUCAAAGGAUUCGAGAGCUGGUUCCUGAAUCUCAGGCCUACAUGGACCUCCUUGCCUUUGAGCGCAAGCUCGACCAGACCAUUGCUCGCAAGCGCAUGGAGAUCCAGGAAGCUAUUAAAAAGCCUAUAACACAAAAACGCAAGCUACGUAUCUACAUCUCCAACACCUAUACCCCCGCCAAACCAGAGGGGGAAGAGGCAGAGAAGGUGGCUUCAUGGGAGCUGCGUGUGGAAGGAAAGCUCCUGGAAGAUCCUGGAAAACAGAAGAGGAAGUUUUCUUCCUUCUUUAAGAGCUUGGUGAUUGAGUUGGACAAAGAACUGUAUGGGCCAGACAACCACCUAGUUGAGUGGCACCGAAUGCCUACAACCCAGGAAACGGACGGGUUUCAGGUGAAGAGACCUGGAGAUAUCAAUGUGAAGUGCACUGUCCUGUUAAUGCUGGACCACCAGCCCCCACAGUACAAGCUGGACCCGCGUCUGGCUCGUCUCCUGGGCGUUCACACCCAGACUCGCGCCAACAUCAUGCAGGCUCUGUGGCUGUACAUCAAGAACAACAAGCUGCAGGACAGCCAUGAGAAGGAGCAAAUCAACUGCAACCGCUACUUCAGACAGGUUUUUAACUGUAAUCGGAUGAGAUUUUCUGAAAUCCCGAUGAAACUGGCUGGCCUUUUGCAGCAUCCCGACCCCAUCAUCAUCAAUCACAUGAUCAGCCAUUCUGAGUGUGUGGACCCCAACGACCAGAAGAAAACGGCUUGCUAUGACAUUGACGUGGAGGUGGACGACCCCUUGAAAGGUCAGAUGAGCAGCUUCCUAUCCUCAACGACCAACCAGCAGGAGAUCGCUGCUCUGGAAGUGAAGAUCCAUGAGACCAUCGAGUCAAUAAACCACUUGAAAACUCAGCGGGAUUUCAUGCUGAGCUUUAGCAACAACCCCCAGGAGUUCAUUCAGGACUGGCUGAAAUCGCAGUGCCAGGACCUCAAGCUGAUGACGGAAACGGCUGGAAACCCUGAAGAAGAGAGAAGAACAGAGUUUUAUGAGGAGCCCUGGGCACACGAGGCUGUCGGGAGAUACAUCUACUCAAAGGUACAGCAGCGCAGGCAAGAACUGGAACAAGUGCUUGGAAUCCGCCUCACCUAAGCUUGUUUUCUUAUAUAAUACAUGCCCCGUGGAAGCUCUGAAUUGAAAGCUCAUCCCCUACCAGCAUUGGAAUUGACAGGGUCCACGCAAGCGCAUGGUGGUUUUAUCUAUAGGGUAAUCUAUAGGAUGACUGGAAGAUUUUUUUAUAUCUCAUUAUUUUUUGGUUUGGCAGUUGAAUGACAUGUUAAUGGGUCUUGCAUUAUUCUUUCUUUAUGCUAUGCAAUGGGAUUAUUUUUGUAUUUUAAAUAUUAUUCAAGAUUCUUUUCCAGAUGUAAUGCAAAGAUAGAAAUCUGAGCUGUGCUAUUAGGUGUCUGAGUAGUAAAUCUAAAUACAGCAAUUAUUGGAAAAUAAAAGACAAUGCAAUAUUCAAAUUUUGAGUUUAGUGCAAUUGGCUAUAAUGUUGUCUUGGUGAUGGGUGGGGUUGAGGGGUGCUAUAUAAUAUUGAUGUUAGGCAGCUAAUCCAGAAUAGAGGGUAGAAAGACAGAUGGGUGGCUAUGCUCUUCAUUUUCUUUCUUUGUUUUUGAUGUAUUUUUCAUAUGAGUGUCCUUGGAUCGUUCAUUCCCGUCGUAGUAUAUCCAUUUGUAUUUGAUAUGGAAUGGGAUUUGCCUAAUUCUACUAUUGUAGAAGAGGAAUAUAAAUUAAACCUUCAUAUGGAGUAUAGGAAAAAAAAAAAGCAUAGGUGCAAAACUUUGUUUGAUAACUUUAUACACCAAAGGAUUUGUCUAACAGUAUUGUUGUUUAAUACAGUUUCAUUAUAUCUAAAGGCUUUUUUUUUUUCUUUCUUCAAAUCAUAAUUUAGCUAAUAACAGCCAAUUUGAGUUAAACUGUUGACUGUUAUAUUCAGGCAUUCAAUUAGCGCUGUUGCAGAUAAGAUGUGUAUGUAUACAAGAAAUUGAAACCUUAAAGCAUAUCAUUCUUACUACUGUUGUCCAAACAGUAUUGCCACCAGUGUGGUUUUUCUUUCAGUGAGAAUAGUUUUACCAGAAGUAUACGUCUAACAAUCACAAGGUGCUCGUGGUUCUCAGUGUUCGUCAGUUAAAACCUCAGAACACGCUUUGCAAAUGAUCUUCUGCAACCUUGUAGGCCUUAACAUUGAGGCUUGUUGAAAGGCCUUUUGUUAAGCUAAAUCUUUUACUUUUACAACAUUCCAAUUUUAAAAGCUAUGUUCGUUUAGUUGUAAUAUUUAUCGUUGCUUCAGUUUGCACUGUGUGUUGGACAUGGUUUAUUCAAAACAGUAAAAUAAUUGCUGUGCUUGUCUUCCAUUUGAGGGUUGAUUUGUGGUGUUCUAGUUGUGGUACAGAUGUAUUUAAAUUUGUAAAAUGUUUAAUUCAUAGCGUUUUCCUUGUGCUUCCAUUAUAAACAUUGAUGAUGUAAAAUGUGAUUAGGCACUUGUACAGAUAGAAAUAGUGCCACAGCAUUGUUUGCUAAACAAAAACUGUUGAAUAAGCUUUUUAAAAGCAUAGUUAAAUUUGCAUUAAAUAUAGUGCAAUUGGAACUUGAAUCUGUGUAGUAAAUACAAAAACAAAACCUUAAAGAUCUCUAGUUGAACAUUCUAGUAACCGUGGAUUGUAUUUUACAAGUCAGCUCUUUCAGAAUCUUCUUUGUUUCAGUGGAAAGUACUGCAUUGUAUAUAAGGUGAUUCAUAAUUUGUGCAAUUGUUGCAUUGUUUUCAGCUCCACCUAAAUGUUGAAGUUGUUCAACAACCCUCUGCUGAGCAAACGGUGUGCCACACAGCCUCUGUAGACAUUUGUUCCUUUGCAUAUUUCCACAAUGCUGUGUGUAUGAAGCACCCUAUAGCAACAGUGACCACUACGCAUGUCCCGGUAACCCUUUUUGUUUAGUGUGCAUUUAUGUUCGGUUUUCUGAAACAUAUCUCUAUAGUAACCAUAGUUUUGUCAAAUAUUAAUGUUCAUAGAUUUACAUUAAUAUCAUAAGUAUCACAUUACUACAAUUGACUUUUCAAGUUGAGAGUAACCUUACAAAAGUUUGCCAUAGUAAGUGUGAACAGUCAUUUGCCUUUUUUUUGCAAUGCAUUUACCAUAGUUUAUCAUGUGUGUUUUUUUUUUUUUUUUUUUUUUUUUUUUAAUAUGCUUACCGUACCUGUCUGGGCUUAACCCAUACUUUGCCAUGCUUUCACUAUGCUUUGCUUUUACUAUGUCGAAUUGGAUAAACAUAUUGUUGAUGUACUAGUACAUUCCACUUGCCCUUUGCUUUUUAAAGGGUAAACUUGUGCCUGCUUUUGUGUUGCUGGUUGAACAGUGAUGGUACUGGUGCCAACAAUGUAAGAAUAGCACUUACAUUGUGUAACAAAUUAACUAGAGGUGAAUUAUAUAGAAAGCUUUUUAUGUUUUGUAAACGUGCUUCAACAAAAUGUAGGGUUUUGUAGGCAAUGCUUUGUAUAAUGUGAACGUGUUUUUUUUAUUUACUACUGGUUAUGCACGAGAGGUAUACCAGCAUGCAUUGUUUCUUGUUUUCGUUGAAAGGUUAUACAGUUGCAGUAUUUGGGCAGGCCCACAGACAAGCUGACCAAAUACAAACCAACAUUUCUAUGUGAUAACCACAGCGAGACAGAGAUUUCUAAUGUAAUACUCAGCUGGGGUUAAUAUUCCUCGGACUGACCUCAGAAACCAACUAGCCCAGGCAGACCAAUCCCCUGGACAUACCCUGGACCUUGAGUGGAGCUGCUUGAAGAUUAAAAGUUUUAUAAAUCUCCUUUGGGGUGUGCAUUUGUAAACCCCAUCAGCUCCUCCAGGUAUUAAAAAAAAAAAAAAGGUUUAAUAAAUGCAGCAAGAAUUUGCCUAGUAAAACAAUGAGAUAACAGAUUAUGCUGCUGGGGUAACUGUAUUGUAAGUACUGCCCCAAUUUAAGACCCCUGUUGUAAAAAAAAACAAAAAAAAAAAAAAAACUGGUUUACGUUAGAAUCAGUAUUAAAAAAAAAAAAAAAAAAGUCAUUGUACCUAGAAAAUCUAAUUCCAAUGAAAGUUGAUACAGGCUGGUUUCACAGUCCAUAAUGUUCAUGUCCAUAUCUUGAACCACCUAAUGGUACUUAAGGUACGCUAGUCUGUGAAACCAGAUAUGUACCUACUGUGGAUAGUUUGCUGUAAUCCAUUUAGCAUGUAUUGUGUUCAAACGUUAAAGUGACUUGCAGAUAAUUAGUUUUACUGCAGUCUGGGGAAGCAAAGGACCUGUACCAGUUCAGGAUUUCAGAGGUAUUCGCUAUGCCUGGCAACUCUGGUACUUCACUUUGAGCUAUUGUGCGCAUUUAAAAAGAUUUGUAAGAAGGAAAUAAUGUCAAGUUAAGCAUUUUCUAAUAUGUUGUUGUGUGUGUGUGUUUUUUUUCUAUGAUUUGAAAUGUUCUUAAUUAUUUUUAUUAUUUUUAAAUCUGUUUUUAAAAAGCAGAGAGGCCAAUAAAGGCAUUUGCGACCUGCUUUGUAGCGUUUGUGUUAGAACAACCUGAAAUUUUACAAGAAAUGCAGUACGUUA